UCGAAAAAAACAGCCGUUAUCUCGCGACCUUACUUAUAUAAAAGGGGACUUUUCAAGCAUGUAAUAAUUUAAUCUCCGCUCUGUUCGUGCGAUAAAGCAAUUUGACCUCUACUUAACAGCAAUUAUUAUUUUUGAUUGAAGUUAUUAGAGAUUGGAAAAAGCCUUUAGCAUUAUUAUAACUAGCAACCAUGGCAGUUAACUAUACAACCCUACCUAUUGAAAAGAAGUCCCUAGAUAGGCCCCCGCUAGAAGAAUUAGCGAAAGUUUUAAGUAGAGGACUCCUAAGCAAUUUUGAGCAUGUCACCGUCGAAGUUGUCGACUGCCCUGACCUGACGCAACAACCUUUCACUUUAGCCAAAAAAGGACUUGGAGGAAGUCCAAAACUGGUCGAAAUCGGGGGAGUCCCAUAUUUGCUCCCUGUCGUAAAGCGGGAAAAAGUAUACGAUUUGAAAAAAAUUGCGACAAUGAUUGACUCAGAUCCGGCUUUUAUAAUUGGGGCUGCAGCCGGUCCUCACCCUUACGCAGGGGUCAAUUGCGAAGGUAUUUUUAACAUGAAUAUAACAAAGGGGGUGGUGGAUCAACAAACGCGCAUUUCUAAAGUUAAUCCCUCAAAUGAGGAAGUGCCUAUACAGGAAAUUCUCCCCAACAACGAAACCAGAGUUGCCCUCUUAGCCAAUCUUUUUUUUAGCAGCGGCCAACCGGGAAAAGUGCUUAAAAUUCACGCCAAAAAACGGACCGGUCCCCGUGAUUUCAUUGCAAGUAUUAGACAAACGCUGGUCAAUGAAUACAAGAAUAAAGUCGUCGGCAUGGGUGGUGUGUUUUUAUUAAAAGAAGGAAAGGCCAAACAGCACGUAAUGCGUGACUUUUCGAAAACUCCAAUUAACACGGACGAGGAGUUAAAUAAUUGGCUCAAAUUUUACAACAUGAGUGCCCCUUUAGUAGCAGUGGGGACCCUCAUAAACAAUGACCACGGUCUCGAUUUGAGGGUCCAACAUUUUCAUAGUUUUAGCCACCACGGGGAAGCUGGACAUUAUCACAUUGAUGUGACUCCAGAAACGGUGGAAUAUUUGGGGUACUUCAAUACCGGUGAAGAGAUCUACCGCGUCGAUAGGCCUGUUGAAACUCACCAAUUUGGCAGAGAUUAAAUUUGUUAUCUAUACAUUUUUAAAUGAAUUAAAAGCUUCCUUUCAAACACCCUAA